AUGGGUGCCUAAGAGAGCAAGUAGGAGGGACAAAUACAGGAUUCACGCUAUGGGAAAGCCACUUUGAUUAGGAAAUACAAUUAGAUUUGCGCAAUGAGGAAAGUGAUAAUCUAGGAUGAAAGUCAACAUGAUGGAUUUGUGAAGAGGGCAAAGGUUGAACAUCCAAAUUUGGUGAAAAUAUUGGAGAGUGGAAUACAGAAGGAAUAGGAAUUGUGCACUUCUUAUCACAUAAUGUAUGUCGUAAGUGAAUAUUACUCUACUUCAUUGCAUAAGGAGAUUGCGAAUAGAAAAGGUAGAGGAGCAUUCUGGACAGAGUAGGAACUGUGGAAUUAAUUGUUGGGCCUUGUUAAUUUGUUGAUGACUAUGCAAGAAGCACAUUUAGUGCAUCAGAACAUCAGGCCUUUGACUAUUAGUUAUGUGAAUGAACACACCUUAAAACUUUGCGACAAUUACUUUCAAUAGAGUGCAUUUCAAAUGGCUCAAUAGAAUCCAGAGAAUUAGAAAUUAUUUGAAUUAUCACCAAAGUUAUUGGAAGCCAUCAAUCAGAACAAUCAAUAUCCCAGACACAAUAUGUAUAAGAGUGAUGUAUGGAGUCUGGGAAUGUGUAUGUUGCAAGCCAGUUUGUUGGAUCACUGUCGAGAUUCUUUUGAUUUUGAAGGAGGCCAUGUGGAUGUGUCAAGGAAACUAGCUCUAUUGAGGAAGAAUUAUUCAAUUAAGUAUGAGUAGGUUAUCGUGGCCAUGUUGUCGAUGGAUGAAGAAUCCAGGCCGGAUUUCAAUCAAGUAAUGAAUCUGAUGAAAGGCAAUCCAGAUGCAGGAGUAUCUAAAUCCUUGGAGAAUUCCUUGAUCAAUAGUUCUGCAAUUUGUAUGGAUUCCAAGCCUCCCAUGAAUUUGAAGGAAGACAUCCUACCAGAAACAUUAAAUCAAUUGAAAGAACAAAUUGAGAGCAGACCCAGCAAAAUUAUGGUUGAAUUAGAGCAAUUAAGAAUCAAACCAAAGAUUGUGAUCAAGAAGACCAAAAAGAAAGAGUUGGGGUUUUAUAAGUAUUAGGAAUAAAUGGUUAUUAGAGAUCCUAGCAAAUCAGCUAUCUAAUAAUAGAAAUUAACUAGUUAUCCUUCAGUUGACUAUUCAUUCAAUAAACAAUUAGUGAAUUCUUCGUUAUAAUUUACAAACUCUUCCUAAUAGAAACAAUUCACCGAUAAGGAGAAGAUCGAAUAGUUAAUAGGAAAUGGGUUGUAAUCGUACUCAAUAGGUCCUUUUGUAGUGCCCACUGUAUCGUCCAAACCUCGGAUAUCCUUAGUGGAAUCACAAAAGCCUUUUUACUCAGAUACCACUAAAACUACCUAGUAAUCAAAUCCCCAGGUAAUCACCAUAGACACUCAUCCAUCAUGCAAUAGCAUUCCUUUAAGUUACACUGAAAUACCAAUUAGUUAUGUUGCGAAGAAAGACAUAAAUUAUAGAUAGGAAAUGGAAUAGAUGAUCGAAUUGAAUAGAUCAAGAUGUUUCAAAACUGAGCAAUAUUAAGAUGGAUCAUCAUAUGUAGGAGAGAUAUAUAAUCAAUUAAGAGAUGGUUUUGGAAGAUAUCAAUUUGUUGAAGGUGGCUAUUAUGAAGGCUAAUGGAAAUAGAAUAAAAUGCAUGGUUAUGGUACUCUCUUCUAUGGUGUUGGCUAAAAGGCAUAUGAAGGAUAAUUUGAAAAUGAUUAAUUCUCUGGAUUUGGAACAUUGUACAAUAAGGAACCAACCAAAGUGGAUACUCCAUUUGAUUGUUCGAAUUUUGAUCUGAUUGGAAAUUAUUGGGUUAAGUAUGUUGGCAAUUUUAAGAAUGAUCUUAAGGAUGGCCAAGGAGCAUUAUAUUUAUCGAAUAAUGAAUGUUACAAAGGAGAAUUCAAUCAGGAUUACGUUGAUGGACAUGGUACUUUUGGUUCAAUUAUUGGAGUUUGGAGUAAAAAUAAAUUGAUUAAAUGA